CAACUCUCUCUCUCUCUCUCUCUCUCUCUCUAGUCUCGAUUACGGUUCGAUCAAAUAAAUCUUUCUGAAAUUUGGAAACCCAAUUUUUUCUGCAGAAGAAGACUGUUGGAGCCUACCUUAAUCGAAACGACACGGCAAUUACAAAACAUUUAAUGGGGGAAAGGCAUUUAUUUCCUCCCCAACAACAUCAGCUGUGCCUACUUUAAUUCCUCCAUAAAUAUUGUUUCUCAAGUCAAGCUUGUCAUAUUCAUCAUGCCUUUUCUCUAUCUUUAAUGGGUUCACUCAUUUCCAGUUUUUUUUCCCUGUUGCAGUAUGCUUAGAGCUGUUCAGAUUUUUCCCCUCCUGUUGCAACAAUGACUUUUCACCAAAUGAUCAUUUGCCUAGUUUUUUCAGUUUUGCUUGUUUUAUCCAGUGUGCAAAGUAAUAAUUCGUCUCAAUGUAAUCGAUCUUGUGGUGUGGCGAAAAAAAGGCAAAAAGUGCCAUACCCAUUUGGGUUCGAUGAUGGUUGCGGGAUCAAGUUGAAUUGUAUCCGUGGAAAUAUCCAAAUAGGUGAUUUUCUAGUCGAGAACGUGACAUCAGAUAAUAUCAUGAUCAGUCUUCCGGCGAAGUGCAAUCGCUCGAUUGAAGAACUCUCCCAGCUCUUCGGCCGGAACUACGCUAUGACUCGGCGAAAUGGUCUUCUGUUGCAGAAUUGCAGCUCGCCUAUAGGAGAUUGUGCGAUUCUUAACUUCAUGUCGAAGUCCCAUUUUCCCGGGUUUGUCAGGUGCGGUUCCUCGCGGGAAAAUAAAAGUUGUUUUUCCGGGGGCAUUAAUGGCGGCGCGGAUUUUUUAAAUUUUGGUACAGUGAAGGAAAAUGGGAAUUGUAGGAUUUUGUUUUCGUCAAUUGCGGUGGAUUUGAAUGAAAAUGGUAAUAAUAGCGAUAGUACAAGUGGAAGCUCCUCCGUGGAGAUGAAUUUUGAGAAGGUGGAGCUGGGGUGGUGGCUGGAAGGGUUCUGUAAUAGAAGUACUUGUCACCCGAACGCGAAAUGCACAAAGGUUCUCAAUGGAAACAUGAAGGGGUUUCGUUGCAAGUGUAAUCCUGGGUAUGCUGGCGAUGGUUUCACUGGCGACGGCUCUAAAGGUUGCCGGAAAGGAUCUUGCAACGCUUCAAGGUACAUGUCUGGUGAAUGUGGCGGAACUAGAAUAGGCAUUCUCAUUACAGGAAUUGUUGCUGGAGCUUCAUUGGUGGUUAUUCUGGCUCUCGUCUGCUAUUGCAUAAAGAGACACUCUAAAUCUUUGAAGAGUCAAUUGAGUGCAAAGCGUCUGCUUUGUGAAGCUACAGGCAGAACCAGUUUCCCAUUCUAUCCUUAUAAAGAAAUUGAGAAAGCCACAAAUAGCUUUUCCGAAAACCAGAGGUUGGGAACGGGAGCCUAUGGCACAGUUUAUGCAGGAAAGCUCCACAAUGAUGAGUGGGUUGCAAUUAAGAAAAUAAGGCAUCGAGAUCGUGACAGCAUUGAACAAGUAAUGAAUGAAAUCAAGCUUUUGUCCUCUGUGAGUCAUCCAAAUUUAGUUCGCCUUUUAGGCUGUUGCAUUGAGAAUGAUGAACAGAUACUUGUUUAUGAGUAUAUGCCAAAUGGUACCCUAUCUCAGCAUCUGCAAAGAGAGAAAGGUUCUGUGCUACCAUGGACAAUACGUCUGACCAUUGCCACUGAAACAGCUCAUGCAAUUGCUCAUCUUCACUCAGCAAUGAAUCCUCCAAUUUACCACAGAGACAUCAAAUCAAGUAAUAUAUUAUUAGAUUAUAAUUUCAACUCAAAAGUCGCAGACUUUGGUCUUUCGAGAUUUGGCAUGACGGAUGAUUCCCACAUUUCCACAGCACCUCAAGGGACUCCUGGCUAUGUAGAUCCUCAAUACCAUCAAAACUUCCAUCUUUCGGAUAAAAGUGAUGUUUACAGUUUUGGAGUGGUUCUAGUAGAAAUCAUAACAGCAAUGAAAGUAGUUGAUUUUUCCCGAACUCACAGUGAGAUUAAUUUGGCUGCACUUGCAAUUGAUAGGAUCGGGAAAGGUCGAGUUGAUGAGAUAAUAGAUCCUUUUCUCGAGCCAAAUAGGGAUGCUUGGACGCUCUGUUCUGUACACAAAGUGGCUGAGCUAGCCUUUAGAUGCCUUUCUUUUCACAGGGACAUGAGACCUUCAAUGAUAGAGGUGGCAGAUGAACUAGACCAGAUCAAGCUUAGUGGUUGGGCACCGUUGGAUGAGAAUAUAUGUAUGGGAUCUUCAGUAGCGUCAUCUUGUUCUUCACCGUACCUGGGAAGUGAGAAUUCACUAAAUACUAUGACAAAUAAAAAGUCCGGGAUAGGAAGUAGGAGACUGGUUGUUUCCCAGAGGGCUGGGGUUGUCCUGCCCACAAUGGAGGAGGCAAAGGACAAUUCACCUGUUUCUGUGCAGGAUCCUUGGUUAAGUGAACAGAGCUCGCCAUCAACGAACAGCUUGUUAGGUAAUAGAGUUCAUUGACUCAGGAAUUCGUCCUUUUGACACUUAUGAAAUUAUAAUUAUAAGAACAUGGUGUGGAUAUAAUAGUGGCAAUAUAAGUUUUGUGUUUACUUUUUAUACUCCGAGGAGGUGUAUUUCAUAUUUCUGCUGAGAGAUUUGUAAGGAUGAGCUGAUAGACAUAAAUGGUAUAUAUAAAGGUCCUUCAUACUUUUAGACUAUAAGAAUCCAUUCCAUUAUGCUUUA